UAUCAGAUACAAGGAUCAGUUUUCAGCUUAGUCCUACUCUCUUAAUCUCAUAUAUUUCAUCAAGAAUAUCUACGCAAGCGCGGAUUCAACUGUACUUUAGUUUUUAAACCCAAGUCAUUUCCAUAUGAGUUGUUGUUUUUGAUUAAAUUAUCGAUAGAUAUCAAACACCUAAUAGCCGUGAUUAUCAUCUUCUGCUUGAAUCCUAUCUCAACUGAUCAGGCUGGAACAAAUCACGGUGAUUCCGAUGAAACCUUCAAUUCCGACCACAAAACUUCGUUAUGUAUCUCCGACCAAUACAUUAUGCAGUCUUAUUUCACUACACACGCUUCCUUACACGACUCAAGAGUUUGAAAACUUCAUGCUUCUUCAGCAAUGUUCUGAUAAGUUUCAUCAGAAACAUUGUUCCUGAUGAUGUAUCAUUGCUACAAGUCAGAAACAUAACCAGUGAAGGUUCGCAUCGUCAUCUACUUACAACCAUCAAGCUCCCUAUUCUUAAUCAUCAAUCACAGUCUCAGCUACACGAGCUUGUGAUUAUUGAACGGUUACCUUUGGGUGUUUUUGCUGAUCCUUUUGAGCUUCAGAGUCUUCCCCAACGCAUAGAUCAAACAGGUCUGUCGUUGAGAUCGGCUCUGAUCAGUGUAAAGCAUCCCUUACAUGCUCGGUAUCAGCCUCUUGAAGAGAGUGGAUACUCUAGAGUGGAGUUUGGAGAGCCAGACUUGUUCCUGUGCUCGAGACUUGUACUGAACCAGGGACAAGAAGAGAUAAGAUGUUUGGUUUUGGCCAUUGCCGGAUUGAAAACCGAAACCGAAACCAGAUCCGUUGUCUGGGAAAUCCCUGCGGGAAUCAGGAAUCAUAUCUGUUAUUACAUUUGUGGCUGCGGCUUUCUUUAUCCGCGUUUUCGACUAUGCUCUGAGGUUGAACCUUGUAAGAAUAGAAAGCAGUCAUGAAUCAGCUUUU